GCCUCGUUGAGGCCGUUGGGAUGGCGGCGAUGGACGCGGACCUGCAGCUCAAGAUGAGCAAGAAGAUCGCGCAGCUGACCAAAGUCAUCUUCCUCCUCAACACCAAGAACGAGGACGCAGCGUCCGAGCUCCAGGCCACGGCGGCGAGCCACCGACGCGAAACCGAGGCUGUCGCGCGGGACGCCGCCGCCAAGAUGGCCAGCCUCAAGGAGUCGCUCGAGAAGAAAGAGGCGGCACUCAAAGGCGCCGAGUCGCUCAAGAAGAUCAAGGACCGGCAUCGCACCGAGAAGCAAGAGGCUCUCGCCCAAUUCCAAGGGUACAAGGACGAAGUCACCAAGGCCGCCAAGGCGUCGGACGACAGCUACAAGCGCGAGCUGCAGGCCAUGGCCGACGACGUCAAGAAGGUGCGCGCCGCCUUUCACGAGCGCGUCGCGUCGCUCAAAGCUUCGCUUGACGCCGUCCAGGCCAAGGUGCACCACGGCAGCAAGGAAGCCGACGCGUUGCGCAAGAAGCACUCGGACGAGGUUGCCGACAUGGUCACUGCGUCCAACCAAAAGUACAACGACAUGCUCACGGCCCAGCUCAACGAACAAGACGAGCUACGCGCCCAGUGCCAAAAGCAGCUCCGUGUCAUGGAAGAGGCGCACCGACGGACGUUGGUGGAGAUACAGGAGAAGACGGAGCUUGAUAUGCGCAUGGCGGUCAAGCGCCGCGAGCUCGAGUGCAACACGUCGGCAGACACGCUCAAGAACGAGAUGGUCUCCAAGAUGGAGCGGCUCUUGGCCGAGCUCGAGACGCUGCGUGGCAGCGAAACGCAACUCCGUUCCGAGAAACAGGUACGGGUUCGAUCCCGACGACUGCCGGACCUCGAGACCCAGCUCUCGGCGCUGAAAGCGUCGUCCAAGCAAGUCGAGAUCGAGUUUGCAGCCUUCAAAAAGGCCCAGCAAGGCCAAAGCGAGAACGCCGAGGUCGUUGUGCAGACGCUCAAGACCCAGCUAAACGAGCGGGACAAGCAGAUGCAACUGCUUCAGGACGAAGUGCAGCGCGCCCGGUUGGCGCUUGAGGCGGCCGAGUGUGACCGCACGGCGCUUGCCGCGAACCUCGAUGCAGUGGCUAAGGCCCGCGAUUCCAACCACAUGGAGCUCUCGGAGAAGGAGGCGGCGUGGGCCCUAGAGAUGCGCGCCAAGGAAACGGAGCUUGCUCAGCGCAUUGCGACGCUCAAGGCCCACGAGUCGGAAGUCAAGAAGCUCCGCGAACUCAUCAAGACCAACGACGCCCAUGCCAUCAAGACCGAAGACGAUCUCAAGAAGCAGCUUCUUGCGGCACAGAAAAAGUUGAUCGAGUUUCAAGCCAAAGAAUCGGAGCUCAACGCCCGUGUACAAGCGCUUAAGACAGAGCUCGCGCAGCUCCACGUCGCCUCCAAGGAGCGCUUGGACAAGGCAGUCACAGACGCGAACGUGGCGCUGGCAGCAGCCAAGGCGCAGCUGGAGGCCGAGAGCGCCGCUGCACUCCGCGCACUUGAAGCUCGCCUUGCGCUGGAACACCAAAAGCAGAUUGACGCACUCAUGCAGUCGGCGCAACACGUAUCCGAGACGCAGAAAAACGACCUCGAGUCUAAAACGCGCGCACUCCAAGCCGAGCUGACCAAAAGCCAAGGGGCGGUGCAAACAGCACAGGACCAGCUCGCCGCAACAACCAAGGACCUCGCGGCAGCCAACAAAGAUCUUACGCGCUUCAAAGGGGAAGCCAAGCUGUUGGCCGAGCAACUCAAGCUCGCCGAGACGGCGUCCACCAAAGAGGCCAAAGAAUUCAAACAAAAGCUCGGCCAGCUCGAAGGCCAGCGGGACCACGACUCCAAGGCGCUGCAGAAGGAACGAACCAAGUGCGAAGCGGCGCAAGCCGAUCUCAUCGCCCUCAGAAAGAAACUCGAGACGUUGACCAAGGGCCACGACGACGCGCUCGCAACGCUCCGCCAAGCGCACCAGGCACAAGUCGAUGAUCUCCGCGCCACCAUGCAAGCGUCGAUCGCCAAAGCUGUCGAGGAAGCACAGCAGACUAUGCAGAGCAACGUCGACGAGCAGCGAGGGUUCCUUCUCUCGAUGCAUGCGAGCGACCUUGCCGCCGUACAGUCCCAGAUUGACGUGUGGAAGCAAAAGGUUACCGAGCACGAAGCAUCCAACGCAUACGACCGCGCCGAGUUCCACAAGCUUCUGCAAGCGCAAGACGACCAGUUUCGACGGCAGCUAGCAUCCCUUGAAGCCACUCAGCGCAGCGUCGUACUGCAGCUUGGUGACGAACAUGCCGCGGCAAUGGCAUCACUACGGGAGGCGCACGCAGCAACAAUAGCCAAGAUGCAGCAAGCCACUGCAGAGACGCUAUCGGCGCACCAAGCAGCGUCGGCCACCGCUUUGGCCCAAGCCCACGAAGCGUUUGCCAGCGAAAAGGGGAUGCUCGAGAAGCUCCUCGAGCGACGUUGCGCCGAGUACGACAAGCAGAUCCAGGACGAAGCGAGCUUCCACGCGCGGGAAGUUGCCCGCCAAGUGCACGUGGCCAAGCUCGAGAAGGACCGGGAGCGCGAAAUGCUGGUACAAACCUUGAGCGACCAGCAUCGGACGGUCGUUGCGUCCAAAGAGGAAGCCAUUGAGGCGAGCCAGCGCCUCGUGGCCGACCAAGCCGACGCGAUUCGAAAGCUCCAGGACGACCUCAAGACGCAAGCGGCCGUACUCGAGCACAAGCAAGACGAGUGGAGGAACACUCAAAAGCGCCUCGCCGCGGAGAAAACCCAGGCGCUCGAAGGUCUCGCGCGCCAGCACAAGGCGGAGCUCGAGCAUCUUCUGGACGAACACGUCAACGAGACCCAGCUGCUCAACGCGCAAUUCGAAAAAACCCGCGGGCUUCUCCAAGAACAGCAACAAGUUCUGAUUGCCAAGGUGCGCGAGUGGGAAGCUGUGUAUGCGCGUCGCGACAGCCGCGUCGAGGACGUCAACCGCAUCUCCGAGCUCGAGCAAGAGGUUGCGACCAAGGAUGCGCUCGUCCAGCAGACAGUCGAGGAGAUGGCGUACAUCAAGCGAGAGCUCCUCAACCGAGAGGACACGUACAACAAGACGUUUGGCCGGAGCCCAAACGUCGGCGUCCUACAAGUGCUCAAACCCACGACGCUGACGGCGACGCCACCGAGCCUUGGCCCACCGCCGAAACUCAACCGGAAAACCAAGCCCCAGAGCUUCUCGGCGAUGACGUCGGGCACGAAGCCACUGCCACCCAUCGGCGCGUCCAACCAGCAGCCCAGCUACCGCGACCUCAAUCACCUUCAGUAAUACUAUUAUUCGUUC